AUGCUAAACCAUAUCGAGGGUGUUUCGGAAGCCGACUCUUUUCCGAGACAAGGGGGGAAUCAAAGAAGCCAUUCACUGAAGAACCCUAAGAAACUAGUUGACGAUUAUGGUGAUCAUGAACACAAGCCCAAAUUACAUGAUCCGAAGGGUUAUGAAACUUCGGGAUCAAAAGGAAAAGAAAAUAUGACUAAUGAGGAUGAAGAAGAAGACGACCUAUCAGAAGGGGCUAAACUUAAAAGAAAGAAACGUGACCAAGAGAUUGAUGAGAAUCUAUGGAUUGCCAAAAAAGUUAAAGCUCGGGAAAGGGAGGUGACAUUUAUCGCACAAGAUUCCGAUAAAGUCUUCCUACUUGAAACAACUUGUACUAUUGCAACUAACUAG